AACCCAUCUUUUUGAGUUGGAUAUCAACAGGAAGUGAACCUGUACACAAACUUCUACUUUCAUUUCGAAGUUGCCUACAUUCUGAUUCUACAUCUGAUUUUUUUAGCUAAACAUUUUAUUCAUAGACCUAAAUAUUUAAAGGUUAAACCCCCCCAUUUCAACGGAUGGAAGAAUCAUCUGAAGCUAUUUGCAAAAUCUCUUCAAUGCAUGACAGCAACGCCCUGAAACUUCUCUCUUCUUUGGACUUGUUUUUGUUACUCGAAUAAGAUCCUCACCCCUUCUGAAAUGGUGUCAACAAGUGAAGUGCUUUGUCUGUUGUUGGUCGCGAUCUUGUGGGGAGGAACAAACCCCUUCCUGAAAAAAGGCACAGAGGGCAUUGAAGGGGUUCAGAGGAACAACAAACUCCUCCAGUUUCUGGCUGAGGUCAAAUUCCUGUUUCUCAAUUUCAAGUAUUUGGUGCCAUUCCUGUUGAACCAAAGUGGAUCAUUAAUGUUCUACUUCACUCUUGCUUCUACGGAUCUAUCUCUGGCUGUGCCCAUGGUGAAUUCCCUCACAUUUUUGUUCACACUACUAAUGGGUAAACUGCUUGGAGAGGAGUUUGGAGGAAAGAGAGCUCUGCUGGGAAUGUUACUCAUCAUGUCUGGAGUGACUGUGUGCGUCCUGAGUUCUGUCUCUGAGACGGACGGCACAGGGCUCCGCAACACAAGUGACCACUAAAACAUGCCACUUAAGGCGAAUGAGGAGAAAGCUUGGACCUUUAAUCUGCUCCAGCUGUUGUGAAACAUAUUCACCUAAGUGAAAACUGACACAAUAUCUGUGCUGCUUCUUUUUCUGUAUAUGCUGUGAACUUUAACCAGGAGAAAACAAUGUAUAACUUUAAAUCUGUUCUUGAACUGUUGGUGAAAUCCAAAUGUUUUGCAACUAUGGAAAUGUGGAUUGUAUGUGGAUUGUGGGACAUGCAAAAUAUUGGUACAUAUUGUAUUAUUAACAGAAGUUUAUAUGGAUUUGUAUAAAUAAGGUGAAAGUGCCCAUUAUUUAAAUACCUUUAUUUUAAAUGUCUUUUACAUUGAGGUCUUAUUUUGUUAGAAGAAAUAAAAAAUAAAAAAUUUUCAAUGAA